CUAUGAACAUAGGUAUGAAGCAUCGAAAUGUAAGGGGGACGCAAGAAACACAGAGACGAGCAGACGACGAAAGCAGGACCUGCGAAGAACAUAGAACGCGUCAACUCCACUACUUUACGGGAAAUUCCUUGUGGUUCGCGUCAAUCAGCUGAAGAUCACCAUGAGGCACCUUGAUACUAUAGUGACGCGGAGGGGAGUCGAAGUGUAUGUGCGCCUAAUAGGUUUCACCUUCCAAAGUUGCGCUUGAAGUUUGCAUAUGAACCAUUCCAAUUGCGACAGGCUGUACGAGGCAGGCCUCACGGAAUAGACGCAUCGAGUUGCGGGAUGAUGCUGUCCAACGUCUCGUGUGCCAUCCUAAACCUCCCGGCAUGGCCCGUGCGCGUGGUCGCCAUGCCGGAAAAAUGUGAGAUUUGGCACCGAAGCUCCCAACCUCCAACCCCAGGACGCCGACUCUCAUCCACCCCAUCGCCAAUUCGCGCCCGGAACCCGUCACAAUGUCUCUCGCAGCCUCCCGCCAAGUGCUGCGGCAAUCGACCUUCGCCGUCCGCCGCGCGGGCCUCCGCAAUGCGUCGACCACGUCCGAAGCUGCCGGCGCUGCGAAGGAGAAGGCUGCCGAGGCAUCGUCCAAGGCAUCAGAGGGCCUGACCCGCGUCACAUCUUCCGCGAGCGCUGCUGCUGCCAAGGUCGGAAGCGCGGCCACCAAUGCGGCGAACAAGGUUGGCGGACGGACUGGAAGGCUCAUCGGGGGUGUACAAGCUUUGAUCCCGCGCGUGAUCUACUACUCAAGAGUCGGUCUUGAGCUCGGCAAGCUCGUCGCUCACCAGCGCGGCAUGGCACCACCAAACAUGGCCACCAUCCAGCAGUACCUUCAGCCUGUGACCAACGCGCUCAAGAAUCCCUCGAGCCUCCUCAACGUGAGCAAGGCUGCCGAAUCGAGCUCUGCACAGCCCGUGAACAUGCUCAACCGCGUACGGGGCGCCUCCCAACAACAGUGGCUCGCUGCCGGCAUCAUCGCUGCUGAGGUCGUCGGUUUCUUCUCCGUUGGCGAGAUCAUUGGCCGCUUUAAACUUGUUGGCUACCGAUCCAAGGAGGCUCACCACUAAAUGCAUACAUUUGACAAUAUCUACAAUACCACUGAAGCGAGGGACCCGGGGUCAAGGAUCUGAGGACGGCUGCGAAGGAGGGGGUGCAGAUGGGAUAGUUGAAGAAAAGCCCGAUAGCUGAUCUGGCAAUGACCAGAUGACGGCAACGAAUGGGGUGGAACUGCGCAUGCGGCGCACAUGUAAUGGCCAACACUGUACCAUUAUUGCUGCACAUACUCUGAUUUAGAUUUCCUUUUCUCCUGUGCAACUACGCAAUGCUUCUUCUUGG